ACCAUAUUUGUCACUGUUUUAAUAUUACUAUUUUAAUAUACAAAAAUUAUCUGGUAAAAUAGUUGGAUUUCUAUGCACUUCUGUGAUUGUAGACAAUGCAUAACUUUUAUUUUGGAGUGACGACAUGACGUCAUAAGACUGCGCCGCGCUCCUGCAUCUGUUGUGAUUCUGCUAAAUAAAGAUGGAGUUCAUUAAAGAGGAGACUGAAGACAUAAAGAUGGCGUUUAUUAAAGAGGAGACUGAAGACACGAAGAUGGUGAUCAUUAAAGAUGAGGUUGAAGACAUAAAGAUUGAUUUUAAUAAAGAGGAGACUGAAGAAAUAAAGAUUGAAGAAACAUUCAGUGUAAAACAUGAAGAUCCUGAGAAACAAACAGACCUGAUGGCAUUGAAAGAGACGAGCCAUGAACUUAAUGAAAGGCAAGAAGAGGAAGAACAUUAUUACAAACAUCAUUUCAUGACUGGGGAAAGAGCGACACAGGCUUCCUCACAAAAAAGAGCUCAAAAUACUGGAACUAAAAGUUAUUUCACCUGCCAACAGUGUGGAAAGAGUUUCAGACAUAAAGAAACCCUUAAAUAUCACAUGAGAAUUCACACGGGAGAGAAACCCUUCACCUGCCAACAAUGUGGACAGAGUUUCACACAUAAAGGAAGCCUUAAAGUCCACAUGAGAAUUCAUACUGGAGAAAAGCCUUAUACCUGCCAACAGUGUAGAAAGAGUUUCAGACAUAAAGAAACCCUUAAAUAUCACAUGAGAAUUCACACGGGAGAGAAACCCUUCACCUGCCAACUAUUUGGACAGAGUUUCACACAUAAAGGAAGCCUUAAAGUCCACAUGAGAAUUCACACUGGAGAGAAACCCUUCACCUGCCAACAAUGUGGACAGAGUUUCAGUCAAAAAAUAACCCUUAUAGCCCACAUGAGAAUUCACACUGGAGAGAAACCCUUCACCUGCCAACAGUGUGGAAAGAGUUUCAUUAAAAAUGAAAAUCUUAAAGUCCACAUGAGAAUUCACACUGGAGAAAAAACUUUCAUCUGCCAACAAUGUGGAAAGAGUUUCACACAUGAAGAAAGCCUUAAAGUCCACAUGAGAAUUCACACUGGAGAAAAUCCAUAUAUCUGCCGACAAUGUGGACAGAGUUUCAGUUAUAAAAGAAGCCUUAUAAUCCACAUGAGAAUUCACACUGGAGAAAAUCCAUAUACCUGCCAACAAUGUGGAAAGAGUUUCACACAUGAAGAAAUCCUUAAAGUCCACAUGAGAAUUCACACUGGAGAGAAGCCUUACACCUGCCAACAAUGUGGAAAGAGUUACACACGUGAAGAAAGCCUUAAAGUCCACAUGAGAAUUCACACUGGAGAAAAUCUGUAUAUCUGCCGACAAUGUGGACAGAGUUUCAGUUAUAAAAGAAGCCUUAUAGGCCACAUCAGAAUUCACACUGGAGAGAAGCCUUACACCUGCCAACAAUGUGGAAAGAGUUACACACGUGAAGAAAACCUUACAGGCCACAUGAGAAUUCACACUGGAGAAAAGCCAUAUAUCUGCCGACAAUGUGGAAAGAGUUUCAGUCAUAAAAGAAGCCUUAAAGUCCACAUGAGAAUUCACACUGGAGAGAAACAUUAUGCCUGUCAACAGUGUGGAAAGAGUUUCAGUCGAAAAGAAAGCCUUAAAGACCACAUGAGAACACACACUGGAGAAAAUCCCUUCACUUGCCAACAGUGUGGAAAGAGAUUCAUACAUAAAAAUCACCUUAAAGUUCACAUGAGAAUUCACACUGGAGAAAAGCCUUUCACCUGCAAACAGUGUGGAAAGAGUUUCAGUCAAAAAGGAAGCCUUGAAAUCCACAUGAGAACUCACACUGGAGAAAAGCCUUAUACCUGUCAAGAGUGUGGACAGAGUUUCAAUAGAAAUGAAAACCUUAAAGUCCACAUGAGAAUUCACACUGGAGAAAAACCUUUCACCUGCCAACAGUGUGGAAAUGGUUUCCGUGAAAAAGGAAACCUUACAGCCCACAUGAGAACUCACACUGGAGAAAAACCUUUCACCUGCCAACAGUGUGGAAAGAGUUUCAUUAGAAAUGAAAACCUUAAAGUCCACAUGAGAAUUCACACUGGAGAAAAGCCUUUCACCUGUCAACAAUGUGGAAAGAGUUUCAUUAGAAAUGAAAACCUUAAAGUCCACAUGAGAAUUCACACUGGAGAAAAGCCUUUCACCUGCCAACAGUGUGGAAAUGGUUUCCGUGAAAAAGGAAACCUUACAGCUCACAUGAGAACUCACACUGGAGAAAAGCCUUACACCUGCACUCUGUGCGGGAAUGGCUUCACAGAGGAACGAAUCCUCAUGCAACACAUGAGAAUUCACACUAGAGAGAGCCCAUUCACCUGCCAACAAUGUGGAAAGAGUUUCAUCAGAAAUGAAAACCUUAAAGUCCACAUGAGAAUUCACACUGGAGAAAAGCCUUUCACCUGCCAACUGUGUGGAAAGAGUUUUAAUGAGACAAGAAACCUUAAAAUCCACAUGAGAAUUCACACUGGAGAGAAACCUUUCACCUGCCAGCAAUGUGGAAAGAGUUUCAGUCAAAAACGACACCUUAUAGACCACAUGAGAGUUCACACUGGAGAAAAGCCUUACACCUGCCAACAAUGUGGAAAGAGUUUCAUUAGAAAUGAAAACCUUAAAGUCCACAUGAGAACUCACACUGGAGAAAAACCUCAUACCUGUCAAGAGUGUGGAAAGAGUUUCAGUCAAAGAGGACACCUUAUAGCCCACAUGAGAACUCACACUGGAGAAAAGCCUUAAGCUUUGAUUCAUUAUUUUCUAAAAUCAAAAUAAAAUUGAACAGCUCAAUAUUGUAAUAAAUCAAGGUCAACAUAACAGCCUCUUAAAUGUUAAAAGCAUGAAACGCUCACAGUUCAAAAAGCUUAAGCUAUGUCCUAUGCCUUCUCUAUAAGUUGUUUGCACAUGACGUCAGUGCUGCACGCGAAAUGCGGCAGGUGGGCAAGGAGUGAUUUUACUAUAUAGGAAUCAAAAUUCCUAUUUUUUGCAUUGUUAUAGUUGCUCAAAUCUAUCAAACCGAGAAACCACAAUGAGCUUUUACCAUUUAUGUAACUUGUAUAGUUUUUUUUUUUUUUUUUUUUUUUUUACUUUUUAAAAUAUAAUUUUGUGUCUGCUGAUACUGAAAUGAAUAUGGAACCUGCUUAC